UAUGCUCCGUGAACUCAGAUUUUACAUUACCAUAUUCACAUGUUUGCUCGUGUUUCGUUUAUUUAUGACAUUUGUGCGGUUUGGGUCAAAAUCUGUGAUGUCCUGUUGGCACCAUCUUUUCGAUAACAUAUUUUGUCAGUCACAUUCUGAAGUUGAGGUGGAGGCGAUGGGGGUUAAGAGUUGAAUACCGCCCUUUCAUUAGAUGCCUGGGAGGAAAGAGUGGCCCUUUUUACUGACAAGAUUGUGUUACGAACGAAGGAAUUUGUGAUGAAGGAUUGCAGUGUUACAGAUCACAAAUAUGUGGCCACAUGUCCAUCUCAUUGUCUGGGUACUGGUUGCUGCAGAAUUAAACAUUGCAGGGGCUUUUCAUUGUAACCGCAAUCCAGAAGCUGUACAGUCACCCAAAUCAGUGAAUACAAAUUUCCGUCUCAGAAUUACUGGAAACCAUAACAAGUACUUGCCAGGAGGAGUGUACACAGUGAGUCUGUAUGGCCAACGCAGUGGAUGGUAUCAACCCACAUUUAAAAGGUUCAUGUUGGUGGUGGAACCCAGCUCCAACAGUCUCUCUUCUGGGGAAGACAGUGCCUUCGGUGAUCAGAAAGUUGGAAGCUUCACCUUGAUGGGGACCAAUGUGGCGCAGUUCAGUAGCCACUGCCCCAAUGCCAUCGUUCAGAUGUCGACCUCUAAGAGGACUGAGGUCAGUGUGAUAUGGACAGCGCCCCCUCCUGGCAGUGGAUGUGUUGUCUUUAGGGCUACCGUUGUGGAGGAUCAUGAAUUAUGGUACAAGGAUGAUGAACACCUAAACCUUGAGUUAUGUGAGGAUGACCAGAGGAGCGAAUCUGACCAGCCUGACCUUGAUUUUCCUUGCUGUGCUUGUGAUGAUGCUCUGUAUGAGAUGACAUUUGAGCGAUUAUGGUCGAAGGCUAUACACCCAAAAGACUUUCCACCCAACAAUUGGCUGACUGGAUUCACCGACUUGAUUGGAGCUUCUCAUUCGUCUGAUUACCGUUUGUGGGAUUAUGGUAACCUUGCAUCAGAAGGCCUAAAGCUGGUGGCAGAGUCGGGUGUAACCCACUUGAUGGAGAGUGAAAUAAUGGAUAAGAGUGAACAUAUACGCACAGUAAUCAAAGCACGAGGGCUUAUUUACCCCAGUGUGACUGGCAAAACAUAUUCAGUGUUCCGAGUGGAUGCAGAGGAUCAUCUUGUAUCUGUUAUUUCCAGAAUAGAGCCAUCACCGGAUUGGAUAGUUGGUGUAUCUGGGCUGAACCUUUGUCUCGAGAACUGCAGCUGGGUGGAUUACAGGGAAGUGAACCUGUAUCCCUUGGAUGCAGGCACUGACAAUGGCAUUACUUAUUUGUCUCCUGAUGAGCCCACAGUGCCACGCCAGAUGAUACGCCACAUCACUUCAAACCAUCCUAGUGACCCACGUUCACCUUUCUAUGACCCAUCGGGGACUAAGAUGCAGCCUUUGGCUCGUCUCUACCUAAGAAGACAGCAGUUAUUCGAAAAACAGUGUGAUAAUAAAGAUGUUAAACCUAAUAGUCGUAAUGGUUUUGGGGCUGACCUCCCAUCUGUGGACUGCACAGUGUCUGAGUGGUCUGAAUGGAGUUAUUGCUCUGUGACAUGUGGUAUGGGCAGGAGAGAGAGGCACAGAUAUUACUUAGACAAGAAGGCUCAUUUGAGGGCAUGUAAUGAGGUGCUUAAGGAACAAGACCUGUGUUACGCUGCACAGAAAAUAUGUGGCCCACCACCAAAGCCCAGGCUACAAGAUCCUGUUUGUGCAGUGACCGAGUGGAGUUCCUGGUCCACAUGCUCAGUCUCUUGUGGGCUUGGUCAGAAGAUAAGGACUCGCCAGUAUAAAUCGCUCAGAGACUACAAACGCUGUUCUCGAUGUCCUAAUCAACCAGAACUGGAACAAACAAUUGAAUGCCGAGCACCAGAAAAUGCAAUAUGUGACAAAGAUCCUGAGAUAGAAGAGACUGAUGCCUGUCCAGAUACAGAAUGGUCUGUGUGGAGCCCUUGCAGUGCUUCUUGCGGCAAGGGCAAGAGCAUCAGGAAAAGAAUUCCAGUACUUAAAGCAGAGCUUGAUUAUGAUGCAGUUGUGGAGUGUCCUGAGGUGCAUGUCACAGAAGAGAAAGACUGCAAUGGUGAUUUUGCUUCGUGUGAGAUUACACCUAAGCUGUAUAAAGAAUUCUGCAAAGCACCAAUGGAUGAGGGCACUUGUGACGGUCAAAAUUUUCGCUGGUUCUUCAAUACAGAUACAGAUGCAUGUCAAGAAUUCAUGUAUAAGGGAUGCAAUGGGAAUAGAAAUAAUUAUCUCACACAGGAGGAAUGUGAGAACACUUGUAAAGGAUAUGAAGGGCCAGAUGAUGAGGAGAUCACCGAAGAAGACGCUACGAUGGCCAGCCCAUACAACGGACUGUUACCAUCAAGUCACAUUCUAGCACUCAACACAACAACAUAUGGUCUUGUGGUCUCACCCAUUCCAAACUAUAACUUUGAAUCUGAAACUGAACCCAUAACCAUGGUUGAGGGAGAAAUUGUAGAUUGUAGGGUCAGUCGCUGGAGUCGAUGGUCAAAAUGCAGCGUGUCUUGUGGGCAAGGAUACAAAACUAGGAGUCGAUCAAUAGAGAUUCACCCACGAAAUGGAGGGAAAGCUUGUCCAAAGAAACUCUUCAAGAAUAAGAAGUGUCGGAAGAAAUGUGAUAAGUGGACACAACCCACAGAAACCAAUUAGGCCAGUAGUGUUCCACUUAU